AUGCCCCCUACCAAUGAAAUCACCCUAGAUCUCAUUCUGAAUGAAGAGGUGUUCUCUGAUUCACAACUAGACAGAGCAGAAUACAUCUACACACAGAAUGGCCAGAACCUUCCUACCAGCUCUACUGCUCUAUGGAUUGAACCAGUUUCCCAGAAUAAGAAGGCAGACGCACUGUCCUGGCUGUAUGACACAGAGGAGUGGCCCAUGGAUCAAACUUCCAUACUCCCGGCCUCCUACCUGGUAGCGCCGGUCGUGUGGGAUUUGGAUGUGGACAUUGAGCAGGCGUUGCGUACAGAGCCCGCUCCCCUCCAGUGUACCGUUGGGCUUUGUGCUUUUACCAAACCAAACGUAAUCCAACCAACCCCUGUGAUGGUUACUGAGCUGGGAGGCACUGUGACUCUCACUUGCUAUUGUUUUAAUGUGUCGGUGACCAGGUUUGAUUGGUUCAAGCAGAGUUUUGGACAGAAACCCCUUCACAUGGCAUCAUCUCUUUAUGUUGGCCAAGUUAGUUAUUAUUCCAACAUUUUUAUCAAGGACUUUACUGAGACCAAACGUUUGGGUGUGAUGAGAGGAGACUCCAGCUAUAACUUGACCAUAUCCAAGACAGAGCCAGGGGACUCAGCUACAUACUAUUGUUUUACUUCAGCCAUCUAUGAGCUCACAUUUGGAGAGGGAACUGUUUUAAUUGUCAAAGACUCAGAGUCCAACAUCAUGUCUGUGCUCCAGCAGCCUGUGUCUGAGUCAGUCCAUCCAGGAGACUCUGUGACUCUGAACUGUACAAUACACACUGAGACAUGUGCAGGAGGACACAGUGUCUAUUGGUUCAGACAUGGCUCAGGAGGAUCUCGUCCAGGAAUCAUUUACACCCAUGGAGACAGGAGUGAUCAGUGUGAGAAGAUCUCUGAGGCAGGGUCUUCUCCACAGAGCUGUAUCUACAACCUCCCCAAGAUGAACUUCAGCCUCUCUGAUGCUGGGACUUACUACUGUGCUGUGGCCUCAUGUGGGAAGAUACUGUUCGGGAACGGGACCAAGCUGGAUGUUGAACAUGGUUGUAAGGAGGACCAUCUUCUGUUCAUGUACUGCCUUGGCGUAGCGUUGGGUCUGUGUGUCAUCCUCAUCAUUGUCCUUACUUGUGUUUUGUACAAGAUGAGCAAGUGCAUAGGAACCCAACUUCAGCCAAGUGCUCCUGCAGUCCCCAGUCAUUAUAACCAGGAUCAAGAGCCUGUUACUCUCCAUUACGCCGCUCUGAACGUUGUCCACAAGAAACCAAAGGCCGGUAGACAGAGGAGCGCCAUGGAGAGAGACACUGUGUACUCUGGUGUGAGACGCCAAAACAUGGACUGA